AUGGAAAGAGAAACUGAUCUGAAAAAUUCUAAUCCUCUAGCUUCAAGCCACAAUUGGACUCCUACGCAACGGUCUAACGUUGCAACUUUAUGUACUCACAUUGUAUACGAAAGAGUAUGGUCGAAUAAAGACGUUGAUUUAGAAUGGAAACAACAAUUUCUUGCUAAUGUAUUUCAGCAUUUAGCUGUUGACGAUACAAAAGAAUAUAAGCAUUGUACGAUUUUAAGCUCAAACGAAGAAGGUCCGUUCCCGAAUAUUUUUAUUGAUCAAUGUCUUGUAAACUGUUGUCCUAUUAUAUUUUCUCCAUUUGAAUCUGAAAUUCUCGAGAUGCAGUUGUUGUAUGAUCAACACGAUAACAACGACAAUAAAAUAAACAUUGACCUUCUAAUAACCACUUUCGAGCAACCAGAUAUUCGUCAGGAAAUUAUUUAUGAAAUUUUAUUAGUAUGUCUUGGUCUCACUCGGAGCGAGAUAAGCAAUUCUAGUGAAGGAUUAAAUCUAAAAGAAAAAGUGAAUAAUCUUGUAUCUAAUAGAAAUAAUGUUGAUACACAAUUAACCGAUUCAAUAGUCUUAGUGGAUAAGCUGGUAGAAUAUGAUGCUCGAUCAAGAGCAGUUUUAUUCAAGCAUGCACAAUAUUUAAAUGUUCCCAUAACUGAUGUCAAGUUAUUAGAGAGAGAUUUGGCACAAAAAUUAUAUUUUUUGCAAGAACAACCGAUUGAAACUGGAAAGAUUUCUGAUGAUGGCGAUCAGAAUAUUCAAGGGUUUAAUGAUAGCGCAAGCACUAGUCUAAUUAGUCGUGAUAAAAAGAAGAAAAAAUGGCAUUGGUUGGCUACUGGUGUUGGUGUCGUUGUGGGCGCAACUGCAAUCGGUCUAACUGGAGGACUGGCUGCACCAUUUGUUGCUGCUGGAAUAGGUGCAAUCACUGGAGCGGGGAUUAUUGCAACUGCAGCAUCAAGCGUAACAUUAAUGACAUCCUUAUUCGGGAUUGCUGGUGGUGGACUUGCAGGUUACAAAAUGCAUAAAAGAUUGCAAGGUCUAAAGGAAUUUUCUUUCACUCGGAUUGUUCACGACAAUUCAAUUCCCCUUAUUCCGUCUCUUCAUGUCAACAUUGUCAUCUCAGGGUAUCUUUUAGAAGAUGUCAAUGAAGUUACUACUCCUUGGCUUCCUACAUUUGAGAACGUUUCUGAUUAUAGUGAUACGUUCGCGUUGAGUUUUGACACUGAAAUUCUUUUGUCACUUGGUCGAUCAUUUCGUCGAUUUUUAGCGGAGUCAGCUGUUAAGAUUGCGGCCAGUGAAGCUAUAAAAAGAACUGUUUUUGCAACUUUAGCAAGUGCGCUUAUGUUGCCAGCAGCUUUAAUGAAAGCUGGAGAUUUGAUAGACAAUCCAUGGGCGCUUGGUGUAGAUCGAGCACACAAAGCAGGUUUAGUGUUGGCUGAUGUUUUGACAGAACGUGUUCAGGGAAAAAGACCAACAGUUUUGAUUGGUUAUUCACUUGGUGCUUUGGUUAUUUGGAAAUGUUUACGAGAAUUAGUGAAAAGGCAGCAAUACGGGUUGAUUGAUAGUGUUGUUCUUAUCGGUGCACCUAUCUCAUCUACACCAGUUUCUAAAUGGGAAGAAAUUUCUAGUGUAAUAUCCCGCCGUUUCAUCAAUGUAUAUGCAACAAAUGACAUUGUUCUUGCAUUGAUUUACCGGAUGCAUUCAUUAGACUUAAAUAUUGCUGGACUUUCACCAGUGAAUUGUUCUGCUGUGGAAAAUUUUGAUAUUACAGAGUAUACAACUGGACAUUUAGGAUAUCGUGAACCUGAAGUAUUGACAAACAUUCUUAAAAAAAUCCAUUUAGAUUAA